AUCCUACUUACAAGUAAACGCCCACUCUGAAGCAAAGCCCCCAGCACCACUAGGCAACGAUAAAUCGAGAAAAGUUCAAUUUCUUCUGGAUGUGCCUUUCGGUGGAGAUGAUGGUGGUAAUUGGAGGCUCUGUUACUGCUUCUUCGUCUCUCUCUCCCCCUUUUCUCAUCUCCAACGCACACAUAAACCUCAAUUUCUCUCCCAAGGUGCGGCUACAAAAUUCUCUUCCCUUCGGGAUAAUGAAAACUCAAUUAAGGAACUCCUUAUCAUAUAUAAGUAAAGAUUUCAGUGACAGGCCAAGAAGUUGUGAGCUUGUUUUCUAUUCUGUAGGAGAUUAUAGACCCAGGUUCUUUUGUCAACCAGCACAGAGGCAUGGCAAAAAGAUUACAUCUCAAUGUGGUUUGUUUUCAGUAAGGUUUGGACACCUUCCCAAAUUGAGGAAAUACACCAUCAGUCUUCAGAAAGCAAUAAAAUGUUCCAAAUUUUUUAAAAAAGACACGUCCAUUCUUUUUGUCCGCCUUCUUGUUGGAAUGGUACUUGUUAUGACAAUUUCUUUUGCUGUUUUCAAAACUCCAUCCUGGGCCUUGACUGAAGAAAAUCUUAUUUUCUUGGAGGCAUGGAGAACAAUUGAUCGUGCAUAUGUUGACAAAACUUUCAAUGGGCAAAGUUGGUUUAGGUACAGAGAAAAUGCACUGCUCAAUGAACCAAUGAAAUCUCGAGAAGAGACAUAUAUGGCAAUCAGGAAGAUGCUUGCCACCCUGGAUGAUCCUUUCACUAGGUUUUUGGAGCCUGAAAAGUUUAAGAGUCUGCGGUCAGGGACACAAGGUGCUCUUACAGGUGUAGGGCUGUCAAUUGGCUACCCUACAGGAGGUGAUGGAUUACGUGCAGGACUGGUGGUAAUUUCAGCUGCUCCAGGCAGUCCUGCAAAUAAGGCUGGCAUUUUGUCUGGGGAUGUUAUCCUGAAAAUUGAUGACACAAGUACAGAAACCAUGGGCAUAUAUGAUGCAGCAGAGCGCUUGCAGGGAACCAAAGGCAGUGCAGUUGAACUAACUAUUCGUAGUGGACCCGAGAUAAAGCAGCUAUCUUUGAAGCGAGAGAAAGUUUCAUUGAAUCCGGUGCAAUCGAGACUCUGUGAGAUACCUGCUUUGGGGAAGGAUGCUUCUAGAGUGGGAUACAUCAAACUAGCUUCAUUCAACCAAAAUGCUUCUGGUGCUGUCAGGGAAGCCAUUGAAACUUUAAGGAGAAACAAUGUUAAUGCUUUUGUAUUGGACCUUCGGGAUAAUAGUGGUGGUCUUUUCCCGGAAGGAAUUGAGAUUGCCAAGAUUUGGUUAGAGAAAGGUGUCAUCGUGUAUAUUAGCGAUAGUCAAGGUGUUCGUGAUAUAUAUGACACUGACGGAAGCAAUGCGAUAGCAGCUGUAGAACCCCUUGCCGUGCUGGUGAACAAAGGAACUGCAAGUGCGAGUGAAAUUUUAGCUGGUGCAUUGAAGGACAAUAAACGUGCAAUGGUGUUUGGAGAACCCACUUAUGGGAAAGGCAAGAUUCAGUCAGUUUUCGAGCUAUCUGAUGGCUCUGGCUUGGCUGUUACAGUCGCUCAAUAUGAAACACCUGCUCACACUGACAUCAACAAGGUUGGUGUUAUUCCAGACCAUCCUCUACCAGCAUCUUUUCCAAAGGAUGAUAAGGGCUUUUGUAGAUGCCUCCAGGACCCUGAUUCUGCUUGCUAUCUCAACAGAGUCAAGCUAUUUUCACAAUGACAAAGAGCUUUUUAUGAACCUGUAAACUCUUAUAUUCUUUUUACUGCUGCAAGAAAACAUUGGCAAGCAUCUGAGAAAAAUUGGAAAUUUGUGAGUAAAUGGAAAGGUGAAUUUUCCAUUUGUAUUUGUCCCUUGUGUAUGGAAUACAGAACUUGUAUAUAAACUAUAGCUUUUGUAAGUCCCCAUAUUUUUAUUUAUUUAUUUAUUUAUUUUGAGUUAUGA